AUAUAAUACAAACAAAAUUUCAGUUUACUUGAAAUCUCGAAAUUUAAAAUUAACAAAAUUUAUAAUCAACAAAAAUGCCAAAAGCUGAAUGGAAUGGAGAAGUUAUCGCUGAAUCUGAUGACUUCCAAGAAGUUGAAGGAAGUAUUUAUUUCCCACCGAACAGUGUUAAAUCAGAAUUUCUUCAAACAACUAGUCAUAAUUCAACAUGUCCAUGGAAAGGAGUAGCUUCAUAUUACAAUAUUGUCGUUAAUGGUAAAACAAAUGAAAAUGCUGCUUGGUAUUAUCCUAAAGCGUUGGAAAAAGCAAAAAAUAUUGAGAAUUACGUUGCUUUUUGGAAAGGUGUUAAAGUAACCAAAUAAAUUUAAAACUUAUUUGUGAAGCAUUUAUUUAUUUUUUGCUAAAUAAAAAUGGAAAUUAUUAACUAACAAUUGCGAAUAAGUAUAAUAAGUAUAUUAUUUCCGUAAAAUUUUCUGUACAUAAAAAGAACAUCCAGGAAUAAAUAUUAUACACGUUAGCAAUAAAAAUUAUUUUAAAUAAGCAAUAAUUUAGGCCAAAUGACGUUAUAUACUUUAACAUAAAUAUUAUUACUAUACGUUGGUAUUAUUAAUAAAUAUUAUUUAUAUCCCGCCACUCAACUUCCAAUUAAGUGUUCUGAGUACUGCACAUGUUGCAAAUUUUACUAUCACCAUAGUAGCUCUUCCUACUAGCACGAUAAAGUAAUUCGAAUCUAUAAUAUAAAAUCUAACUAAUGAAAUA